AUGUUGGCAGAGAUUCCGCAUCUCCCUUCGAGAAAGUAUGGCUCUGUGCGGCCCAGCCAAAGAAAGAAUGACACGCUCGCCAAGAUUCAAGGAAUUGUGGACCCCCAAAACAAGCAUAGCCUCCAGAAGCUGCUGGCAACUAUGACAUGGCUCGGCUUAAAGCCCGAGGAUCUUGAUCCAUCGAAGGACGAAGAGGUUGAGGUCUCACACAAAGUUCCGGAUGCAGAAAAGGCCAGGAAGAUCGGCAACGAAAGGUCAGAAGUCUGGGAGGGCCUGAAAAGGGCUCGGUUGACAGAGGUGCAAAAGAGGCUGCAGUUCCUGUCUGACGAUGACGCCCGACGAGUUCUGAAAGUGAAACUUGGUGAGGGGGUUCGUCCCGUUUUGGAGGAAGACCUCCCUCCAGUUGAAUGCCUGGACGGAAUGGCCGAUUUUGAGGCCAUGCGAGACAAAGCGUUUCAAAAGAUCAAGGAUGAACAACAGCGAAAAGCCGCCCUUCUAGCCUCAGGCUUCCUCAUGGAGAAAAAGAGACUCGAUGAGGCAGACCAAAAGAUUGCGGCCCUGGAGCAGCGCCUGAAAGAAUACAAGAAGGCCCAGGCAGAUGCUAUCGCAGAACGCAAGAAAGAGAACGAAAAAGCACAGGAGAUGCGGCGAAACAACGUGAAGAAGGCUGCAGAAGCUCGGGCAAGAUGGGAAGACGACACCUACGAUGACUUGAUGUCCAGGAUCGACAAGGCAAGAGCUACGAGAACGAAGAUGUAUUCAAAGGAAGGCCUCAAGGACACCAUUGAGGAGGGUAGGCGAAAGCGGCAAAGAUGUUUCGACCAGGCUUUAGAAAGAGAAGCAGCCCUUCUAGCAAGCAUUGAGGAAGCCAACAGGACAGCUGAAGAGCGGCUGCAGGCUCGGAGGGAAGAAAUCGAAGCUGAAUGCGAGCGAAAGGCUGAAGAAUCCAGAGUCAAGUUUCAGGAGAGACAAAUCAGAAUCUACGUACACACGGAGGAGUGGGUGGACAAGAAGCUGCAGGAUCAUGCCAAAUUCAAGGCUCGCUAUGAUAAUUCCAUCCAAGCUGGACAAGACUUCAUGAAAGCUAGAUCCAAAUCAGCUGGAGAUCUCUGCAAGCAGGCCGAGGCUAAAUGGAAGGGGAACUAUGCCCGAAUUUGCGCCCAACGUGAGCAGAACAACUCUGACUUGCUCGCUCGACAAGAAGCUGCCAGACAAAGAUCAGAGGCACGAGCGGCCUUGAAGCUGAAAUGUGCCAAUGACAUCCAUUCCUUCAGAGAGGUGAAAUACAAGACAUGGGGCGAGCUUCAGAAGCGCAGAUGGGAAGAGAUUCAAAGAUCCAGAGAUGCUCAAACUCAAGCCUUGGUUUUCAAAAUUGCAGAAGGGCAAGCCAAGGCCAAAGCCCAAGAGAAAGGCCGAGCGGAGGUGGCGUACCAACGGCAGCGCAUUGGAGCUGACUCGUUGGCACUGAAUGAUCGAGCAAAGGAAGGAUUCAUCAGGAUCAAGGCUGAACCUGAUGAGAGGAAAAUCGUCAAAGUGAUGAGCGAGCUUGGCUUUAGCAUGCCCAAGUUGGCAGACGAGGCUUCAUACUGGCGGCAUCUCAUUGAAGACACUUCUCGGGGCCGCAAGGUGCGUCGACACAUUGAAUACGAAGUCACAUUGCGGGAAGACCCCAAAGACCCGAACGGUGCUCGCAUCCAUGAUACUCGAAAUCAUGGUUGUGUCGUUGAAAUGCUGGGAAAGAAAAAGUGGGUUGCUCACCAGCAUCAUGAUCCCUUGGUUGCGCGUUGGCCUACUGGUGAUCCAAAGCUCUAUCAUUUGAGUCAGCAGAGGAUUCUGCCGGAACCAGAUGAGGAGAAUAGAGAGCUGCGAAAGUUCUUGCCUCAGACAGCACGGUUUGAUCAGCUUUGUGGCUGGCUUGCAGCGAGCCAGGUGGAGGGCGCCGCCGUGCUUCCGCUUUCGUCGCUUCGUGCCUUCGGCACCAAGCGAGUGCGGCAGCGGCGGCGAUCACGUGGCCGCAUCUUGCAAAAGAAGGAGACCCACUAUGAGCCGAAACCUGAGGGGUACCAGCCCCUGCCACUUUCGCUCCUGGCUUCCGGGCCCAUUCGGAGAGUGCUCUCCACAAGAACGGUUGAGGCCCAGCGGUUAGCCGGAUCCAUCGACUGGGAGCGCUACAAGUGUGAUGUCAAGGGCGUGCGCUGGCAUGCUUGUGGUGGAUGGAGAGUACUCUUCCACAGGAAAGAUUUCGAACAUAACUUCUUUGUAAAGUGCAGCUGCUACUUCAGGGUGGCAAUCUAUGGGUUUGACCGCUCCAAAGAGCUGGCCAUUGCCUACCGACGGCGCUUAGAGGCUGAAUGGGACGAGCAGCAGAGGAUUUGGGCCGAAUUGGACAGAAAGCGAGAAGCAGAGAGGGCCAAGAGGCGUGCUGCUAGAAUGGCCUCCCUAAACGAGGCGCCUCCAAGCGAGGAGGACACCAGCACAUCUACUCCUGUCCAGACCUUGGAAGUGCCGUGGAGUGCGGCGGUCUAA